UUUACCAAAAUGGGUCGUUCGAUUUUUGUUUUGGAGUUCGUGUUUUUAGCUCUAAUUAUUGCAAUUAGUUGUGUUAAUGGCAAUGAUCAAUGCCCUAAUACCAUUGUUAAGCUUUUGCCAUGCAAAGGUUUUUUAAUGGGAAAGAGUGAUAUUGGUGGUCAUUGUUGCAAUGGUGUUAAGGGAUUAAUGAAAAUGGUUACUUUUGAUAAUGAUUUGAAGCUUCAAAGUAUUUGUGAAUGUCUCAAGAAAGAAGCUUUAGCUAUUGGAGUAAUUGAAGAAAGAGCUAAGCAAAUUCCUCAACUUUGCAACAUUAACCUUUCUAUUCCUAUUGAUCCUAAUGUGGAUUGCAAAAAAUUAAAAGGUUCAUCAUCAACUAGAGAGUUCAAAUUGAAGUAUUACAAGAAUACUGAGAUGAUGGUUUUCAGAAGACCAAAUUAUAAUAGUCACAAGUACCAUUCAAUUUCCCAUAAGAAACCUCUAAUUGUCAAUUAAGUGAAGUGUUAUCUAUCUCAUGAAGUGGAAUACAGAAAUAUCUAAGAAGACUAUGAUCAUUUCAUUAGACUUGAUGAAUAUAUUGUAUUGUGUUUAUUGCAUGAUAUGAUCAAAUGUUUUAUCUAAUAAAUUAUCCAGAUUAUUUAAAGGUGUCAUGUUAUAGGUUGAGUUGAAUUUGAACGGAUAAAAACAGAAUGAGCUAAUAAAUAGACGGGUUAUUAAUCUACUCAUAAGGUUACUUCAGCUAAGAUUGCUUAGGUCACCUUCUUUUUGGAAUUGACUAAAAAUGAAAGUG